GUUUUUUUUUUUUAAUUUUACCUUUUUCUUUUACAUCUUUUUCACUUUUUUUUAUUAUUAUUAUUAUUUCUUUGGUGGUGAUCUACCAUACCUCCUCUUUUAUCACUUAAAAAGGGAAACUAUCCACCAGUUCUUUUUUUUUUGUGAUCAUUUUACUUUUUAUUAGAAUCAAGGGCAAGACAAUACAAGAUCUAUUUACAAUGAAUCAAUCUAUGGAAGACAUAAUGUUACCACCACCUACUGAAGACGAUGUGGAUACGCGUUUGGAACAAAUUAAUCAACUUAAAUAUUUUUUAGCAACUGCACCAAGUCAUUGGGAUACUCAUCCAGAAGAUCCUCCUCUGCGUAGAUACUCCUUACCUUCGGGAGAGUCCGUGUCUUGUGUCCGAUGGCAUCAAGGUUUUUUUAUUUCUGGUACCGAUAUUGUUCGUUCUUUAAUCUUUCGUUUCCAUGCUUUUGGUCGUCCUGUACAAAAUCUCAAAAAGUUUGAAGAAGGUAUCUUUAGUGACUUGCGAAAUCUCAAACCUGGAACUGAUGCUACUUUGGAAGAACCGAAAUCAAGUUUCUUGGAUCUCUUAUAUAAACACAAUUGUAUACGUACUCAAAAAAAGCAAAAGGUCUUCAACUGGUUCUCAGUACCUCAUGAUCGCCUCUUUUUGGAUGCUUUGGAACGUGAUUUGAAACGAGAAAAAUUAGGAACAGAAGCUACCUCUCUUGCUGUCGCUCAUCCUGCCAUUGCUAUUACUUUGGACACUACUCAAGCUAUGUUUGAUGAAUUCAGGAAAAAUUUACUUAGUGAUUUGGAUUUACAUGCUUGUUUGAAUGGGGAACAUCGUGUACGAAAAACUACUUGUUCAAGAUUAUCAUCUUCACCUCCUUCCGUCAAAAGUCAUCGUCAUACCAACAUGAAUUCUUCUCCUAUCGUCAACAAUACUAGUACUGUCUUUGGUCAUUUUUCUCUUUUUGAAGGUUCUCCAACUUACAAACAACGUCGACGACGUACUACUCAUUCCCCUAGACCAGAUCAUCAACGUCAUCAUCUAUCAACAAAUUCUUCUUCUUCAACUCGACCAACACCAUGGUGGCCUUAUGAUAAUACAACUUCUUCUUGUACAAAUUCCCCCAAAUCAUCAUCCGACUUGUUAGAUGAUCCUGCUCGAUUAUAUACUUGUCCUCUCAGUUCUUGUGGCAAGAUCUUUAAAAGAUUGGAACACUUGAAACGACAUUUACGAACUCAUACUAUGGAACGACCUUACCUAUGUGGACUUUGUGGUAAAAGAUUCUCUCGUAGUGACAAUUUGGCUCAACACAAAAAGACCCAUCAACGCAGAUUACGAUCUACUAAUGACAAUCAUAGUGACAGCAGUGACCAUAGUAGUAAUCAUACUCCUCUUUUACAUCAUCAAGGUUUACCUCAACAACAACAACAACAACAACAAUCGUCUCAAUAUUCUUAUUCAACCAAUCACGAAAAGGAGGAUGAUGCCACUUCUCGUCAACAAAAUUAUCAAUGUACAACUACGAACAUGCCUUCACCUGCACCAUCUGUUUAUGAUCAUCAUCAACAAUCUAGCGUUUGGAUGCCAUCUAUUCCACCUAUCACUGUGACUUUCAAGGAUGAAAACCAUGAUGAUGAUUUCCGUGAAUAUUUUCCUUCCUUGUCCGCCUCGACCAGUUCAUCUUCCAUUUCAUCUUGUCAAUCAUCACCCACUGUUGUCUCAUCUACAGCACAACUUAUGAUCAAGACAGAAUCAUUCCAACAUGAUCAUCAUCAACAACAACAACAAGUGACACCUACAACUCCUACCAACACUAUGGAAGAAUUGUUAUCAUCAUCUCAUCAACAACAACAAAAUAGGGAUUGGCAAUUCAAUUUGGAUUGGGAUCAUGGUUCUGCGGCAUCAUUGUCAUGUUUAUCAUCACCACAAUCUUCUUCAUUAUUUAUGGAUCCAACCACUUCACCUAUUAUGGGAUACCCUCAACAACAACAACAACAACAGUGUUACUAUACAGGAAACAACUCAAGUAUGGAUCAUUAUCACACAUCCUCCUCCUCCUAUUCAGAUGAAGAAAGUCCAAUGUUGAAACCUAUUGAUACCAAUGCUUUUUAUUAUCCUUCUUCAGCCUUUCAAGAUACAACCAUGCGACCUUUGGAUUCUUUGAUGCAUUUUUGAACAUAUAUAUCACAUAUCAUAUCCCUCCUAUUCGUUAUAGUUAUCCAUUUAGUAUAAAUAUACCUUUCAUUAUCAUUUUAUCUCAUAUUUUUAUCAUCAUACAUAUUAUUAUUAUUCAAAUAGUUUGAUUUCUUUGUGUUUAUUGGUUUUUUUUUUAUAUAUUUCAUUUGUUAUUAUCAUCAUUCAUUUCUCAUCAUUGUUAUUCAACAACGACAUAUAUAUAUAUAUAUUAAAAAAAAUAUACAUGAAGGUUCUUUUCUUGGAUAUUUUUUGUCUCAAU